GAGUGACGAUUAUCAUAUAUAAUUCGUUUAAAAAUGGUGUAGAUGAAAACAAGUUAACAGAAUUAACGUCCACUUUAGUAUGUAUCGAUAUGAACUUAACGUUGGCGUCCUCAAUAACCAAUCAUCACAACCUCAAUGAGAGGAAGUUUACUUAGCCUAGCUAAAUUGAUAAGCUAGCUAACUGUUACGUUCGUUAACAGCAGGGUAACUCAAUCGUUUAAAUGCUCUUGUUUUAAUUUUCAGACUGUUUUGUCGGAGGAAUGAACUAGUUCAAGUCGUCUGAAUAAAAAUUAAUUGAUAUUUUCAUGACCCUCAUUCAUAACUCGCUUGGAAAUCUGUUAGUAUGUUACGUUGCGGUUAAGAAGGAUUUUAUAUAUGAUACUACGUAUUGUUUUUGCAUUGCCUCUUCUCCUGUUUCCUUUCCACUGUGAUGUAGGUCUUUUAACGUAAUUUAAUAAUGGAGUCGGAACAGCCAAAAGAAGACUGUGCUCCAGCACAGCCAACAUCCACACCUCAGCCUCAGUCAAAGAGGCCAAGUCAAGCUCUGUACGUCCCCAAGCAACGACUUCAUGGCUCCAAAGACAAAGCUCAGACCGAGGGAGGAGUGAAACCAAGACCCAGGCCUCGCUACACAGACAAGGCAAGGAAAAACGCUAAGAACAAGAAGGACAAGGCUGGAGCAGCAGACGAGGGAGCGAAUCUUGGAAGAGAAGGUGGAGGCGAGAUACAGGAUGGUGACAGCAAGACUGAGGUGAAGGAAGAGCGGUUACAGGAUACAGAUGUGCAGGUAAAUGGGCACUCUGACUCAACCAAUGUGGAUGCAGAUGCUACCUCACGGCUGGAAGCAAUAUCCCUCCAGGAAGAGCAGGGGGAGGAGCAGAGUUGGGACACCUUGUUCAAUGAUGAUGGAGACUGUCUGGAUCCACACCUGCUUGACGAGCUGGCUGUAAAAGAAGGUAGAAAGAAGAAGUCAAUCCAGCAGCCCAAGUUUGAUUACUACAACAUGGACAGAGAUGACGAAGAUGACAUCGACCUCACAGAUGACGAGCUCUCUCACAUUGUAGAGAUCUACGACUUCCCUGCAGAGUUUAAGACGGAGGACCUUCUCAAGUUAUUUCAGUGCUACCAACAGAGAGGCUUUGACAUCAAGUGGAUUGAUGACUCACAUGCCCUGGGCCUCUUCUCAAGCCCCAUAGCAGCCCGUGAAGCUUUGAGAUCCAAACAUCCCCUGAUGAAAUUGCGACCGCUCUCCAAAUCCUCCUCCGCCACAAAGGCCAAAGCCCGUAGCUGCUCAGACUACCUCCUACCUGCUAAAGAGAGGCCUCAGACGAGUGCAGCGCUGGCUCGCAAGCUUGUGAUCGGUGCCCUGGGUGUAAAGAGCAACCUGACAAAGGAGCAGCGCGAGGCAGAGAGGAGGAAACUGCAGGAGGCGAGAGAACAAAAGCGCCUGGCAGCCAAACAGAAGGAAGAUGCUUGGGAGGGAAAGUGACUGGACAGAAAACUGAAAACUCCCCAUCUGUUUUCUUGUUUGUUUGUUUGUUUGUUUUUAGAUUCCUUGAUUCAGCAAAUGUUAAAAUCUCCUGUUUUUUUUCCUGCUCUGCUGUUUUUUUUUUUUUUUUAUUAUUCUGGCCACUCCUUCCCCCACCGCACUUUCCAGAAAUGGAUUCCUUCCAGUUCUUCACCAACUGUUACUGAACAUCUCAUCGUUCACAGUCCGUUUGCUGCAGCGUUACAUCAGAUGAGAGAGUCCUGCUACUGUUCCCUCACCUUUAUGUUCACUCUGUCCGUGCAGGGACUGUUACCUGUGUGUCAUGGCCGGGGCUCAACUCAACUGCAUUCAUAUUUUUUUGUAACUAUGGUGAAGCACUGAGUGUAAUCAUUCGUAAAGAGUAAAGAUAAAAAUCCACCUGUUAAUGUGAGGACAGCAAAGAUUUCUGCUAAAGGUUCUGCAAUAUUAUUUUCAGUCACAAUGACACAGUACAUCCUUAUUAGACUUCAAAGAUGUGUCAUUUUCAGAGCAUGCAGCAUUGCUUACAGUCAGUUUGAUGCUGUCUUUGAUCAAAAUUAGCUUGUCUUAUCAAACAUUUUCUGAGGAAAAGCCAAAGCAGCUGAUGCUGUCUUGUCUUGUCGUUCAAGCAAAACCGUAGGUGAUGAUGAUGAUGAUAAUAAGGAUGUUGUUCAUUCUGAAGAGCACCUGUCGACCAAAUAAGCUUUUUUGUCUCACUCUCCAGUGUAAAUGAAAGAAAGUGUUUUUGUUUUGUGACCUUCCUAUGAUGUCCUCUUCCAAAACAAUCACAGUAAUGUGUUUGUCCCAUAAAAAAAAACUUAAUCCUUUCACAAAUUGACCUUUUCAAGACAUCAUGAGUAACAUAAAUUUGAAAUGAAACCAUUAUUGUAUGUACUUGCAUACAUUUGAACUUGUCAAUCUAAAAUAUUUUUGUGAAAUAAGCUGUUGAAUAAAUGAUUUUUUUUUUUUUAAA